AUGGAGAAGUCGGAAUCUAUUGAAUCAGAUUUUUCUCAUUUGUCAGAUAUUAAAAAUGAAAUGAAACUCAAUCAGUAUGACCUUCCUGACAGAACAUUUAUUGAAAAAAUUCUCAAUACCCCACCUAUGAAAUUUGAUCAUGUGGUAGCUGUAAUCGAGGAAACGAAAGUUUUGGAGGAUUUGCGUAUUGAAGAUUUGCAUGGGUCAUUAAUUUUGUAUGAACAAAGAAUUAAUGAAAAAUUAGAGGAUAGCCCGGAGAAAGAUAUAGUAGAGAAGGCAUUGCAGGUGCAGUUGAAUUUGAGAGGCAAUAAUAAUGUCAGGGAAUUUGGAGAAAAUGUAGACAAAAAUUUUCAGGCUAAUGUUGUUGACAAUCGGGUGCAGGAUGAUAAUAAAAAAUCUGAAACUUUAUUAUUAGCCUAUAAUACUGUUGAUAUGGUUGAUAAAAAUAAAUGGUACUUGGAUACGGGUUGUAGCAACCAUAUGUCUGGCAAGAAAGAAUUAUUUGUUGAGUUUGAUGAAUCUAUUCGUGGUGAAAUUAAAUUUGGGAAUAACACUGUCUUACCAGUGAUUGUGUAUCAAUGA